CAGUUCACGCUUGUUUGGAUGACUGGAUGCAUCGUCGCAGGAAAUAAACGUCACCGGACGCGACUUUCGUUUACGAUAGAGGCGGGUUAGAAGAACCUUCUGGAAGAGUCGCUGUGAGCGGAGGUUGUGAGUUUCUCAACGCAAACAUGGUCAAAGAAACAGGUUUUUACGACACUUUGGGUGUGCCACCCAGCGCAACUCCAGAUGAGCUGAAAAAGGCCUAUCGCAAACUGGCUUUGAAAUAUCACCCCGAUAAAAAUCCCACAGAAGGAGAAAAGUUCAAGCAGAUCUCACAGGCCUAUGAGAUUUUGUCAGAUCCAAAGAAGAGAGAGAUUUAUGACCGGGGAGGUGAAAAGGCUAUAAAAGAAGGAGGAACUGGCGGUGGAGGUGGUGGGGGCUUUGCAUCGCCCAUGGAUAUCUUUGAUUUGUUUUUUGGUGGAGGCAGUCGGAUGCACAGAGAACGAAAAGGGAAGAAUAUUGUUCAUCAGAUUACAGUGACGCUAGAAGAGCUUUAUAAUGGAGCAACAAGAAAACUUGCUGUCCAAAAGAAUACCAUUUGUGACAGAUGUGAAGGUCGUGGAGGUCGUAAAGGAGCGGUACAGGUGUGCAUGUCUUGUCAUGGUACAGGGAUGCAAGUCCGCGUACAUCAGUUACUUCCGGGUAUGGUACAGCAGAUGUCCACAGUGUGCCACAGCUGCCAAGGACAAGGAAAAAGAAUCAGCCAGAAGGACCGCUGCAAAGCAUGCGGAGGCCGGAAGAUCCUACGACAGAAGAAGAUCUUGGAGGUCCACAUUGACAAAGGAAUGAGAGAUGGCCAGAAAAUUGUUUUACAUGGAGAGGGAGACCAGGAGCCGGGACUCGAGCCAGGCGACAUCAUCAUUGUAUUAGAUCAGCGAGACCAUGGACAGUUUACCAGGAAAGGAGAGGACCUCAUCAUGUCCAUGGAGUUGCAGCUGGUUGAGGCUUUAUGUGGUUUCAAGAAGCCCAUUCAGACACUGGACAGCAGAACUCUCCUCAUCACAUCACAUCCAGGGGAGUUGAUCAGACCUGGAGACACUAAGUGUGUCCUGAAUGAAGGGAUGCCCAUGUAUCGCAGGCCGUUUGAGAAGGGGCGUCUCAUUAUUCACUUCUCGGUGGUGUUCCCAAAAGCUAAUUUCCUCCCCGAACAUAAGCUGAAGGAGCUGGAGCGCUAUCUCCCAGAAAAGAUGGAUGCAGAGCAGCCAGACAGUAUGGACGAUGACCUCUACAUCUAUGCUGACCUGGAGGACUGUGACUUUGAGAACAGGAGAAGAUACAGAAAUGAGUGCUACUACAUGGACGAAGAUGACUACGCCACCACUGGUGGUGUUCAGUGCCAGACGUCUUAAGCAACAGCUGGCCUUUGUCUAUUCCAGAAGCUCAGAUCCUCAUCUCCAAUGCAAAGCACCUUUGUGUUUUUUUUUAAUCUGUGCACUUCUAACUUUAUUUUCCAAUUAGUCUCUUUAGCUUGUUUGAAGUUGAUUCAUAAAACUGUUUCCCAGUGCCCUGUGAAUGUUAAAAUUGCAGGACUUGAACUUAGACGCAGUUCAGUGGAAUUCCUCGUCAUCUGGGACCUUUUUUUUUUUUUUUUUCUUCUCUCAUUCACACUGUGAUUAAAGACGAGGGGCUGGUAUAACAGAGGAUUCAGGGAAAAGAAGAACAGUGACCACCUGCUUUUUGUGCAGUUACACUAAAACCGAUGCCAAUAUGUAGAGAGAGACAGUUGUUAAAUCAGGCAUUGAAAACCACUUUUCGAAGACUCAUCCAUUUUUGGUGUCUGUAGCUCUUUCAGACAUGAAACUUGUAACAGGGCUGAAUCUGUCUGAAUCAGUCUGUUAAAGUAACAGCAUUGUGUCUUUCAGACAAUGUUCCUUAUGCCUUCAUUCAGACAUCCCCGUGACUGUGACAGAGAGCGCCACGGUAUGUGCACGAUAUCAGCUUUAUUUGUAAAAGUCUUUGUUUUUACGGGGGCGUGCAUUGUCAGUAUUGACCCUAGCAAAGUUGAAUUCUCUCUCUGAAUUUAAUUUUCUCUCUGAGCAGUUUAGCAACUGAGCUGGUGUUUUGUGUUCUAUAGUGAGCUGAUCAGCCCACAGAGCUACAACAGAGACAUGCACGCUCGUAAUAGUGUGGGUGUCUCUCUGUUGUGACUGCAUGCAGUCAGCCAAAUGCACAUAUUUCCUGACCUAGUGAGUUUGCUGCUGUAACUUUAACUCUUUACCCCUUAAAGCCUACUAGGAGUAACCCUUGAAGUUCUUUUGUGAAGAGUGGUCACAUUUCAGGCCUGGUUACAGUACAGAAUCACAGCAACACUUCAGAAAAACAGGAAACUGUUUUAAUCCUUGUAAAACCACGUCUUAAUUUAUAUACAGUGAGAUGUCAAAACUCGUUUUUAAGGGAACAGGUGAGGUCAUCAGAUUUCGUCUUUAUGGGGGAAAGAGUUAAUGAAAAAGCGAUCGGAGUGCUGAUUUAUACAGCUCAGGCAUGCGUGUGUGAAAGGGGCUCACGAGGACCAGGUGGUGGUGGAGGAGCUUGGAAACUUGAUUUAAAAUAUUAAAGCUGUUGUACCCUUUGAAGGGCUAUUUUUUCAGACCUUCUAUGAAAAAACGUGACAGGAGAAGUUUGAAAUGAGUGUAAUCAUGAUUAAGACAGGGAAACGUGAAGUUCAAGCCACUUAAUUUUCAACUAAUGUUUGAGUUUAGCGUUUUUUCUGAGCUGCAGUCAGUUGUCUGUGACGAUGCCGCGCACGUCUAGUAUAGUGCAAGUGUGAGCGUGUGUGCAAAGGUAUGUGCAAUCACCUUAUAUUUUGAGAGGCUAUUUAUAAUUCUUGUUAUACUCAUUUACAUUUCAUAAUUCUUUUUCUUUAACUAGAAUAGGUUUACAUGCUAAUAAUAAAAACAAAACAUAUUCUUCCCCGCCCCGCUCCACAUUGCCGCAACGCCACAGUUCACCCUCUUCCUGAAAUGCUCAUCCUGAAUGGUCCAGCCUGCUCUGAUUGGGUCAGAAAAAGCUGUCUGUGGAUUAAGUCUUAAGUUUCUCAGGAGCUGGGAGUGCAUAACGACUCCUGCAUUCAGUCAUUGUGACAGUAACAGAACUAUUUGAGUGCUUUGCCUAUGGCUGAGACAUUUUAGAGACAUUUCUUUCUGUGGAAAGAAGAGAAUAACUUCCUUUUUGUCCGUCUCUUUCUUACCCAUGUGUGUUCCCUGACAUUUGUUUUCCUAUCUGUUUUCAUUUUAUAAAACAAAGCAUAACCAGGGCUAUUUUGAAUAGGUAUGAUUUUUCUUGGGGAAACAGUGGCAUGGUUGUGGCAACAUUGUACUUGCAAAGGUUUCUAAUGUCUGCCUGUUUUGUUUUUUUUUGUUUUAUUUUACUUUGUGGGUUUAAAAUCAUUAGAAGACAAAGUGUUAAGACUCCAAAAUCAGGAGUUUUAAUGACAAAUCAAACCAGAUAUUAAUAUUUUUCAAUAUUCCUCGUCAACCUUGUAAAAGCCAAAUGAGUAAUGGGAGUUUAUGGAUGGGCUUUUAAAAUAAAUAAAUCUGCAAACUUAAUACCUCAUUAAACUGUCUGCCUGUUUGAAAGCCUUCUCAUAACUUGAAGUUAGUUGAUAAUGCAGUUUUAUUUUUCUUUCUUUUUUCUCAAUGGUGUUUGCCUUGGAUGUUGUAAAACAGUCAUGCUCACAUAAGCGAGGGCCUCCUUAAAUAAUGUAAGUAGUUUUUGAACGCAGAUGUGAAUUUGAGUCCUCGUAAUGUAAGGGGAUUUCAAUGCAAAGAGUAAUUCAAGUAAAUGUUGCCAAGGUUUUAAAUGAACUUGAUGCAUGUUUGGACCAGUGGUCUACUUGUUUGUGCUCAUGUUUUCUAAAUAAAUGUGAUUUAAUGGUCUUUCUAAGUUUCUGUGUAACCGUGCUUGAUAUCUUUUAGAAAAUCUGUCUCUACUGUUUUUCAUUAAACUGGAUUUUUAUACCUAGAUAUUAAAAUUCAGACACCCUAAUACAAUCUAAA